GGGGAGGGAGAAGGGAAGAAAAGAGUUUGCAGAGCUGACUUGCAUAACAGUUUAUGACUGUGAAGGGAAGAGCUGAGGUUUAUACAGCUGCCUGCAGUCUAUUGACUAACACUGAAGAGAGAUCAUAUCCCUAACUCCAGCUGCAGAGCAGAUAUGUCUGUCAUCACUGUUGUGGCACUUCUGUUUCUUCUGACUGUUCCUGAGGCUAUCAGUGUGGGAGAUCAAGGAGUGAUCCUGCGAUGUCGAUGCAUCAUCAAGGAGAGAAAGCCCAUUGGACGUCACAUAGAAAUGGUGGAGGUGAUCCCUGCCAGCUCCCACUGUGUUGACAUUGAGAUCAUUGCCACUCUUAAAAAGGAUGGGCAACAAAUUUGUCUGGACCCUGAUGCCCCAUGGGUCAAAAAAGUGCUUAGGAAGAAACAAGCUGAGCAGACACCUUGAAGAACCUUAACCCCUACCCAUAACAGGCAGGUCAGAUGAAAAGAUCAUCACUGAGGUUCAAAGUGGAUGCAUGAAUUGCACUUAUGGAGCACAAAGACUUUAUUUUGCAUAAUGGAAAAGAUUCAUGUUUUACCUAAAUCAUCUACCCAACUUUUCAAUUUCCUGAGUGCGGGUGAGAAAGUGGUGACACAAACCUAUAUUCUGUAGAAUAUGUUAAACAUCAUAUCUACUUACUCUUAAAGAGCAAUUUUUGUAAGCAGUUAAAAUACUUGUGUUUCAAUUCUGUAACAGGCUUACCUUGAUUUAAAAAAAUAGUGUAAACGCACAAUAAAUGUAUUCUAUUAGCACAACAAUUAUUUUUCUGUAAUGCUCAAUACAAUGGAAAAAUAUGGGCACAAACUGAAGAUAAAUGGGAUAUUAGAAGACUGCAGGCUGCAACUUGUGUGUCUGGUGUUGAUGUUUUAACAUCAGCUUUGUUUGGAUUUUUUUCUACAGUAGAGAUUAUAUAGACACUUUAUAUAUACACACACACACAUGGAGAGCACUUAGUUAUAAUAAAAGAACAUAAAGUGCAUACAUAUUGAAACAUAUAGUAAAGUAAUAUAGACCUUUAUUGUGCAAUAUUUCAACAUCUUGACUAGUGUCACACUUUUAUAUCUUUGAGUGUAAUUUGUUACGCAUCUAAAAAUAUACACAACUAUAUGACAUCUACCAUUAUGAUGAACAUCUGGAUAGAGCUGGCAAAGCAUUUGAUCUUGUCUAUAAUAUUAUAACUGAUAUUUUCAGUUAGGACUCAUUAUUCUUCCUUUGGGAUCUGACAAAAUCUCUUAGAGGGCAUACAGAAUAUCGCCAAAGGUUUGUUAUGUCCCUUCACAUUUUGUACAUCCUGUAUCUAUAGGGACGUGAAUAUUGUGUGAUUGUCCACUUCACUCUUCUCUGCUAAACAUUCUCAGUUUCAUUUUGAUGUUUGUGAUGGAAAAACACAGUAAAAGUUCUUUUAAACACA